ACUUGAUCCAUGACAAGGUUGUGAAUGCACACUGCUAAUGAAUCGUACUUUAUAAAUAUUCAGCUAAUUUGUACACCCUGGUUUUAAAUGUAUCAUUACAUGGAAUUAAUUUAUGAAGAAAACCACAGCAUGUUGCAUGUAGAUAUGGCCUUGAGGUCGAACCCCGGACUUAAGAUUAUCCAAUUAAAAUUACGAAAAAAAAGAAAAAGAAAAGGAAAAAGAAAAAUUAAAGAAAAAGGAAAGAAAAAAGCAAAAAUUGCAAAUUCUUUUAAUUAUAAUUCAUUAUUUCUGAUUGAAUUAAUCAUUAUUGUUAUGUUAUGGAUGAACCAAUACAUAAUCAUGUUAUUGAUGAAUCAAAUAAUUUACCAUUUACAAAAAGUGAAGUAACAUUUUUAGUUAUUCUAUUUGCAGCAGUUAUCAUAUUAGCUGUAGUUGGUAAUACAAUUGUAUGCAUAUUAUUACGUUUUCGUUAUUGUAAUCUAUUGAAAUGUUUUACAAAUACAUUAGGAUGUAAAAAGAAAUCUACAUUAUCUAAAUCAAUUCAUCAUCAUCAUCAUCAUAAUCAUAAUAACAAUAUUGAUCCAUGGGUUGAUGAAUGUCCAAGUAGUCAACAUGAAUGUAGUUGUGGUAAAACAUGUAUUGUACAAAAUACACAUCGUUAUGUCAUAUUUAAAUCAAUGCAUAAACAACAUGAACCAGGUACAAGUGGUGGAAAUUAUGCUGGAUCUAUUACUGUAGCUAAUAAUAUAUCAGUAUUACCAAAUGAAAAACGGACUAAUUUCACAACAAAACAUAAAUGGAAAGCUGAUAAUUAUUUAAGAGGAAUGCGUACAUCAAGUAUAACAAGUUUAUUUUUAUUUAAUCUUAGUUUAGCUGAUAUACUUAUGGCUGUAUUAUGUAUACCAAUGAAUGUUAUUACAGAAAUUGUUUAUUUAUGGUGGCCACUUGGUGAACCAUUAUGUAAAAUUGUACCAUAUGCACAAGGUGUCAGUGUAUUUGUUAGUGCAUUAACACAUGUACUUAUUUCAUGGGAUAGAUUUGUAUUAGUAUUUUUUCCAUUACAACCAAGAAUGACACAACGUAAAGCGAUUUAUUUAUUACUUAGUGUAUGGAUAUUAGCCUUAAUUAUACCAUUACCAGUACCUAUUGUAAAUAGAACAAUAAAACGUGAUAAUGAAACAUUUUGUAUAGAAGAUUGGAGUUUAUUAUUAUCAUCUAUUAAAACAAUUAAUAUGGAUAAUUUUACAAAUCUAGAACAAAUUAAAAAUGAAAUUACAAUACAAAUUAAUGAUAAAUCAAUGAUAUUACAAAUUGAUGUUAUCUAUACAAUAUUAUUAAUGAUAUUACAAUAUUUUUUACCAUUAGGUAUGAUAUGUGGAACAUAUAUAGCUAUAGGUAUUAAAGUUAUACGUUUACAAACACCUGGUGAACGGGAUAGUGCAAGAGAUCAAAAAUUAACUAGAGCUAAACGAAAGAUGGUGAAAAUGUUAACAUUAGUAGCAUUAAUGUAUGGUUUAUCACAAUUACCAAGGCAUACAAUCUAUUUACAUGGAUUAAUUAAUCGUGACUUUUGGUUUAAAUCUUAUUCAAUUAAAGCAUGGGCUGCAGCAAAUUUCGCUCGUGAUUCAUCCACAUGUUAUAAUCCAUUUAUAUAUGCAUGGAUAAAUAAAAAUUUUCGACAAGAUAUUUAUCAUUUAUUUUAUUCAUGCUUUUUAUCAUGUUUUAAAAUACGUUUACCUAAAUUAACACGUUCAUCAAAUAAAACAAAUUUGUUAACACGUAGCAACAAUAAUAAUAUACAAUUGCCAAUGAUUCGUAUGAAUCAACCAUCAUCUAUAAAUGAAGGGAAUUCAAAUUCUAUUCAUUAUUUCCCAAUCAAUCAUUCAACUACUCAUAGUGAAUUACAUGAUAAAUCAAAUGUAAAUCGUAUUUCAGAUGCUUAAAACAAAACAAGACACUAAUAACAAUAACCACCAACACCACCACCAGCACCACCACCACUACAACAACAACAACACAUUCAAGAUACUUAAGUGGUGUUAAUAAUGUAAAACUAUCUAGAUAGAUUAUGUUUUAAUCUAUACUGUUUAUUUUAAACAGAAGUAAAAAGAAGUUAAAAUGUAUUUUGUAUACAUUUACACGUACCAUUAUUACUAUGUAUUGGUUCAGUAUAAUAAUAUCAUGAUAACAUUGUGAAAGAUUUAUGAUUAUGAUUAUAUAGAAAUGUCAUUUAUUUCAUGACAAAUGUUAAUAUUCUGUAUUAUUUUCUAUUUUAAAAUAUAUAAAUAUACUUUA